AUGGCCACGGCCACGGCCACGGCACCGCGGCGGAGGCAUGCGGCGACGGGCGCCGCGGCGGGGGAGUGGGCGGCGGUGUCAGCCUCGGGCCAGUGGCGGGCGGAGGCCAUCGGGAAGCACCAGCUAGUGCGGCGGACGGGGCUGUCGGCUCGCGACCUCCGCGCGCUGGACCCGGCGCUGUCGCACCCGUCCAGCGUCAUGGCCCGGGACCGCGCCGUCGUCGUCAACCUGGACCGCGUCCGCGCCGUCAUCACCGCGUCCGAGGUGCUGGUCCCCGGGCCGCGUGACCCCUCCGUCGCGCCGCUCGUCGCCGAGCUCCGCGAGCGGCUCGCCGCCGCCCCCACCGCCUCGCCCGCGCCACCGCGCGCGGUCUCGGACGGCGAGGUAGGGAAGGACGGGGGCGUCUCGCCGCCGAGCAGCGGCGGCGGCAAGGUGCUGCCGUUCGAGUUCAGGGCGCUGGAGGUGUGCCUUGAGUACGCGUGCAAGUCACUUGAACAUGAGACAUCGAUGCUAGAGAAAGAGGCAUACCCAGCGUUAGAUGCACUCAUCUCAAGAAUCAGCACUCUCAAUCUUGAGCACGUACGGCAAAUAAAGAGCCGAUUAGUUGCCAUUUUUGGGGGAGUUCAUAAGGUUAGGGAUGAACUAGAGCAUCUGCUAGAUGACGAUGAUGACAUGGCAGCGAUGCACCUGUCGGAGAAGGCCGCAUUCCAAGCAGCUAGUCAGUCGUCGAGAUUUGAUAUCGGGACAGGGCUGGUCGAAAUCGAUGAAGAUGGGGAUGACGACGAAGCAGAAGCAGAGCAAGAAGACCAAGGAUCCAUGGCCUUCAUGCCGAAGAUCGACGAGCUCGAGAGCUUGCUGGAGGCCUACUUCAUGCAGAUCGACGGCACCCUGAACAAGCUCUCAACUCUGCGGGAGUACGUGGAGGACACGGAGGACUACAUCAACAUCAUGCUGGACGACAAGCAGAACCAGCUGCUCCAGAUGGGGGUGGUGCUGUCCACGGCCACGCUCCUGAUCACCAGCGCCGUCGUCGUCACGGCAGUCUUCGGCAUGAACAUCCGCAUCGCGCUCUUCAGGAUCACCGACUUCAACGUCUUCUGGGAGGCCGUCGGCGGCACGGUCGCCGGCGCGGCCACGCUGUUCAUCGUCGCCAUGUUCUACUACUGGAAGAACGGGAUACUGCGGUGA